GUUUUCAACGGAUAGAUUAGAUUAGACUAGUUUAACAGUUACAGAGCAGCUACAGUAGCCUAUCAGAACAGCUACAGUAUUACAGGCGCAGACCCUUAAUUAACGGGCUACACAUAAUGGCUGACGACAGCCAGAACGUGAAUUGGGAGGAUCAUCCGGAUGACCAAAAUAAAGUUGUGGAGAAUAUGAAGGAGGAAACAGAGACACAUGAGACCAACAAGAACAGGACAGGAGGCAAGGCUAAACGUAAGUCCAGUGGCCGUGCCAAGAAGACUUCCGUGGAGGAGGACAGCAGCAUUGGUGCAGAGUCUUCUCAGACACCCGGGUGUGGUUUCCGGGAAAGGGGAUCUAUCAUUGAGCAGCUGGAGAAGGAGGCUCAGAGGACUCUAAUGCCUUCUCUCAAGAUUGGGACAUGCUGUGCCCCAAUCCUCCUCUCUUUCCUGAGGAGUCUAACUGAUGACCAAUGGAGAGUGAUUCAGCAUGGCAUGAAAAAUAACCUGACAUUCGAGCAGCUCUCCAUGCUGUGUCUGAAGAUUGUUAAGGUCGUGACCCAGACAGCCCUCCGCAUUCUCCUACCAGCGUUAGCUCGUAUCAUGGGGGUGAACCUGAGGAGUGGGGCAACCUCCCCAGAAUCCCAGUGCUCUCUGACAGGGUCUGAGGAUUCCUUAGGCAGUCUGGAUGAGAGAGAGAAAAGGCUGCUGAUCAGUGAGAUGAACUACUGGACUAAGGAGAGGAGGAGGAAUGGCAGUGCAGGGUGCCGCCAAAAAUCCACUCGCAGAACCUCAUCAUCAUGCUGGUCGCCUAAGAGGUCCCAGACCUCAUUGCAGAGCUUGCCUGCAACUAGAGAGGCUCCCCUCAUGGAGGAGCCUCUGAAGGCUCUUUUUGGGGUAACGGAAGAGAGCCUCCUGAUAUCCCUGGUUGAGGGUCACUCCAACCCCACCUCCUCCAGCUCCUCCGAGUUGAGCUGUGCUAUCGUGGGGGAGGUAGUACACCAGCUUAACUCUGGCCUCUCAGUGGCCAUUCAGGCCAGCUCGGGGAGUUUCCCCCCUAUGGACAGUCAGGACAUAGCAGCAGGCAAGGAGGUCAUUCGGGUAGCCUCGGUGCAGAUCCUGGCCGAGCUACAGAGCAAAACGUCUGAGCCAGAGUGGGUAGGGUUUAUCGAGCCCCUCAUGGACCCUGUGACCGAUGAUGUGCUGGAUGCCAUUGUCGGCACAAUGGACAAAAUGGCACAGGACUUCAACAUCCUCUUGGAUCUGGCCAAGAAGAUGACAAUCUUGGGGUCUAAAUUUCUGACCAAUCUUCAAUGUGACCUUGAUGUUGAGUGUCCAUCUGGGAAAGAAGAAACCACUCACUUUCUCAAAGAGACUGGAUCCUCUACUAGUGUGGUGGACAGAAAGCUUCAGACCCUCUCUAGCCCCGACUUUCAGUCUAAAGCCCUCAAGGCGGUGAGCACCAUCCUUACAAGGAAAGUCAGCAGCUCUUCUGGCAUGGCUCCUUCCUCUAGGGCUUCUAGUGCUGCUCCUAGCCUUACUGAAGCACCCUUGAAUACCAGCUCUACAGCCCUGACAUCUGUAACCUCCACUGCCACAGUGAUUGUUAAGGCAUUUGUGGGAGGCAUGGAGACGAUAGCAUCAUUUGAAGGCACAUGUGACGCAGUUGAUUGGCCAGUUCCUGUAAAUGACCACAAAACAGGUUCUUCACAGAAGAUAACCUUCUCUCCAGCCCGCACACUCUACGGCCUUAUACGAGCAAAGCUGAGGGGCCUUUUAACUCUAUCCGCUCGAGAAGAAGGUGUGGCUAAGGACGCUUCUCUUCAGGAGUCUUCAGACACCCUGGAAAAGGCAACUGUUUCAACUGUUGAGGUCCAGUUACCCAGCACCAAACUUAGUAGAGUUCCCAGUGAGAGCCAACCAAUAUCAGCUCUCUGUCUCUCCAAUCUGGAUACCAGUACUCAAGAAGUUCUUAGCAGUGUUUUUUCCAUCUACAAGUCAGAGUUAUCAAAAGUGGAGAGUAAAUCCUUGGACGUUGUCAGUUCAUCUGAUGAGUCCCUAGAGGCUUGUUGGUUUGUUGAUGGUGUCCUAUCAGAGCUUGAUGACUAUACUAUUUCCCAGUCAUCCUCACCCAAUGAAGACUUGAGUGUGAGUACUCAAUGUUCUCAACUGAGCUCAGAAGAGAGUGUCAGAAUCACACAGUCCUCUACUAGUCUGAUUCAGAGCAUUAAGAAGCUCUCUAGCAAUGACUUUCAGACUCAGGUAAAAGAGGCAGUGAGUAAAGUGCUGAUGAGAUCCAGUCAUUCCUUUAUGACACAGAUCAGCCAUACUGGUCUUCAGAAAAGUCUGCAGGCUGGCUUAUCUAGCUCGCCAUCAGAGAUUGCGUCCAUGUCUUCUCAAAAUACAGCCUCUGGAUUAGUGGAAACGUUUGUCAAAGGAAUGGCGACUAUUUUCCAGAAGAAUGAGUCCACUGGCACUGUGCUACUGGAAAGAAGUGGGAAAGUUUCACAGUGCUCCCACGGGGGCUCCCAACUGGAUGACACUGAAUUGAGUGUUAAAAUAUCAGAGGAGAAGCUUUGGUCAACAGCUAAGACCAUCUGCGUCAGUAUGAAGAACACACUUAAGGAUUUCUUCACAGGGCUGAAGCCAUCCGGAUCCGAAAGGACAGAAAAUGCUUCUUCCAAAGAGACCCUUGGGGAAAUCCUGGUUGCUAUCCAGAGUGAAAUCUCAAACUUAGGGCGAAUGAAGGAUUCCAGGGAGCUCCUUCAGAUCAACGAUAUGGUAGGAACUAUGCUGAAGGAGGUUGAGAAAAGUGAGGAUGACAGUGAAGAAGUCUGCCAAGACAUCCCUAGAACCUGUUCAUCUUUGUCCACUUCUUUAAAGGGUCGUAGUUCCUUGUCCAGCUCUUCAAGCCUCUUUUCGAUCAUCCACUCCGUCUUUCACCAGCAAGGGAACCUCUUUGGUACCAAAGGGAGAUGGGAUUGA